AUGCGUCUGUCAAUACUCCUCAGCCUCGCGGCCAGCACACUUGUCGUGUCAAUAGGCGUCCCACCCGGCCGAGACGCAAGCAUCAAUAGAGAAGCUCGCCAUGGACGAGGGUGGACUCUCGAACCACCACCCAAGGUCACGCCAUUCAGGGGAGCAUGUAGACAGUCAACCGACACAAGCCUCGUCCAAUCCCAGAACCGGCCAAAUGCGAACAAAACCCUUGAUCUCAGUUCAGAGGAGAGGAAGCUCCACAAACUCAUCAACGACUAUCGCGCCGAACACAAAUUAGCACCGGUUCCCCUCUCUUAUAAGCUCUCGCAAGUCGCCCAGGCGCACGCAUACGAUCUUGCUAUGCACUAUUCCGGCGGCCCCGAGGGGAAAUGCAACCUCCACAGCUGGUCGGCCAAGGGGAAAUGGUCGCCGUGCUGCUACACCGGUGAUCACAAGGAGGCUGCCUGCAUGUGGAGGAAGCCCAGGGAGAUUGCUGGCUACAACAGCGAAGGCUUUGAGAUUGCGUAUUCUGCGAGCGUUGGUGCCACGGCCGACGGUGGAGUUAAUGCUUGGAAGGGGAGUCCGGCUCAUAACGACGUGAUGAUUAACCGUGGCCCGUGGGCGCAGAUGACCUGGAAAGCCAUGGGGACUGGUGUCUACAAACAGUUUGCCGUCGCGUGGUUUGGUAAGCUGGAAGAUGUGGCUCCAGUCGUCGAAGCAUAG